GCGGGGAAACUCUCCGCAUUUGGCUCUGCGCUUAAACCGCGCCGGAGGUGGUUCGGUGACGAGGAUGAGGUAUGGGCAUGCAUGACAGGGAGCCAUGCAUAGAAGUAAUGCGAGCCGUCCAUACCAUUCUGGAAGAUUCCUCCUGCGCGCUCUCGUUCUGCUUCAUAUUCUUUUCUCGUCCUGCAUUCCUACACCUUCUCCCCGCUCUCUGGCUCCUCAGAAUUACCGCUAUCUUUCGAGGCUCUGCUUUCAACUCAUUGCCGCACUCAAAUUUCUCGCUCCAGUGGACUUGCGGAGACUCACACUUCCUGCGUUUCUCGUACUGAGCGUCACUGCCGAUCACUUUCAGAAUUUCUCCGAGCUCCAUUAUGGCGGAAACGGAAGUCCAAGCUCCUCAGCCUCAGGUUGGAGAGAAAGUCCAGGAUAAAGAAACUGCCAUGCCAUCAACUCCUAGUCUGAAGUAUCUGGGCUUUGUCCAAGUUGGCGUCAUUAGGGUGAUUGUCUAUGUUACUACUCUAUAUGAGUCCGCAAAGGAUAUGUCUGGUCCACUCAAGCCAGGGGUUGAUAGUGUUGAGGGCACUGUGAAGACUGUCGUUGGCCCCGUUUAUCAGAAGAUUGAGGGUAAACCUUUGGAGCUUCUGCGUUUUGUCGAUGGAAAGGUUGAUGAUAUAUUCCGUCUGAUGGAGGAUGUGCUCCCCGAGCUUGUCAAGGAGAAGUCUUAUGAGGUUAUGGACGUCGCCAAGAAUGCACCUGACUUCGCCCGAAGCGUUGUUUCUGAGGUUCACAAGAGAGGGAUCAUCAACACGGCCAAGGGUCUUUUUGAUCAGUAUGAACCAAUCGCUGAAGCUUACGGUGUUAAGGCGUGGAAGACUGCUCUCGGACUUCCCAUGGUGCCGCAAGCAGUCGGAGUUGUACGCAGUGUUGGUGAGAAGGCGAAUCACGUUAUUAUCAACCUGAAGGAUAGCCAGCUCCCACUUGCGAGCUAUCUUCCUUUGUUGCCUUUGAACUAUUUCGACAAGUUGACUAAGGUAGAGUGAUGUAGACGCCCACGACCUAUGAAGUUGCGAUCUGUAUAUAAGUAGCACUGUACAGAACUCAUUGCGAGAAGAAUCUGUUUAGAACCGAUUUCGUGUCUACUGAAACAAGGCGGAAGUAGAGCGGCAGUUCUUCUUGGGGGCCCCAUCUGCACGUGGAUAGUACUUUGAUUAUAGGAUACAUUUAAUUUUGCAACUCCGGCUUUUACACACUGUUAGCCACGCUGGGUUCUAGAUUGAUGCCCUAUGUAUUCGAUGUCAAUGUCAUACGCUUUUGAACAAUGUGUGACGCAAGAUAUAUACUUAUAAUGUCAUCUGUAUAUGAACAGCUUGAGAGAACAGAGUUGUAGUCAUCAUUGUGAUGAACUCUUUCCUUCAAUUCAUAAUACAUACGGUCUGUUACUCCUUACAUUUGGUUACUG